AUGACUAGGCAUUACAUUUGGUGGACAACUGCAAUAACAAUUGGUUUUCUUAAAUUGCAUGCUUUCUCUUAUGAAACAACUUGGAAAAUUCAUUAUGAAAACGCUAGAAAAUAUCUAAGUGUAGAAAUCAAAGAUGUUGAAUUUGAAGAGGAGCUUUUGAAAACUUGUACUAGAAUUAAACUGGUGCCAGCUGCCCCCGUGGCAGUUAAAGCUGUUGGUGCUUAUGUUGUUGGUGGUAAUGUUCCAAUAAUGUUUUUGAAGUUAGAGGAGAAAUUAGAAUUAAGAGACAAGCAGAUGAGUUUAUCUUUAUCUCAUUAUGACGAGUAUCACAAAGAAACCAAUUCAGAACAUGUUCAAAAUACUUCAAAUACCCACCAACAUGGUAGACCAUCAUCAGACUCUUUAAAUGUUAAUGUGAAAAUGGAUACUGAAGUUAUAUCAAAAGAAAAUAGUGCAACAUGGAACCAUCUUCAGGAAUCUGAACUGGAGACGAAUCAUCUUUUAACCAAUCAAAUUCAUGAACUUUUUCCUUUAUUCAAUCAAAGAUCAUCCAAUAUUUUAGGAACAAAUAAUGGAAUAUUAAAGAUUGUGAAUACACCAAACACAAGUAAUACAAUUUCAACUGAUGAUUUAAAAAUUUUUGUGAAAACAUUAUCCUUAACAAUGUUACAUAAUGGACCAUUGGAUACAUCUGUUAUGAAAUUUGCACUUGGAUUUGAAAAUGCAAUCAAUUUUGAAGA